AAACUGAAAGUUGUAGCUUUCUCUUCACUCUUCCCCAUCGCCAUUCACCACUACUCACUUUCUCUCUCUAAGCUUUUCUCUGCAACUUUUCCAUCACCCACUCUCUCUCUCUCAGAGACACAAAACCAGAAAAGAAAAGGAGGAAGGAUGGAUUUGCCGAACUGGUUUCAAGCUUUGCCCUUUAUUUUAUUGAAAUUUCUGAAUUGGUACUUUCAUUUCUUCAAUCUAGCCUGGCCUUAUAUUUUAUUGUUAUUGUUGGAUCCAUUGUUCUCUCAUUUCUUCAAGAUUGAGUUGGGCGAAUUUUAUCCCUUCAGACCAAAGGCGGCCAAUCUGUUGUUCCUAGGCAGUGAUGACUACAAACGAUCAGUGAUUUUGAAUCUCUCAGAUGAAGAUGAGGGUAUAUUUGGAAUAGAGACACCACCAUAUUCACGGCUGUCUAGCAUGGGGAGAAUCAAGUUUAACUUAUUUGAUUUUGGAGAACUUCGGACAGCUUGUAGAGUUUGGAAAGACUAUUGUGCCAAGGUGCUCAACAAACCGCUCAAACUACAUGAUGGCACUCAAAUUGAUCAAAAUUGCCCACAAAAUGGAGUAACUGCACUGCACUACACUACAAGUGAUAGUCAAAUGCAUCGCAUGUUGCGGUGUGGUGCACGAUUUUAUAAUAAAAAAACAGCACCGUUCCCAUGUGUGUUUGUAUACAUACAUAUGGUAAGUGGCCAGCCUAGUGUGAGUGCGUUCUAGUUUCAUGAUAAAAUGGCUUUGUUUUGGAUAAAUAUAAAAUCAAAAGUUCAAAACCUCAUUCACUUCUCCAUCUCACACUCUCACUCUUCUCUCCUAAUACCCUCAUUCACUCUUAGUCUCUCUCAAGUCUCACCCACUCUCAGUCUCUCUCAAGUAUAGCAUUGGAUGGAUGGACUUUUUUUGUUGCAUUCAUAUUUAUUUAAACAAUUUCUUGUUGGGUUUGUAAUUUAAUACUUGUUUUGGGUUUGUAAUUUAUUUCAUGCUUGCUUUAGACUUGUUUCCAUUAUGGUUGUGAUAACUGAAACUUGAAACUAGCAGACAUGACUAGCUGUGUAUACAAUACACUGUUAUGGACCUUAUGGUUGUUGCAUGCUAAGUAUUUUUGAGUUACAUGUUUUACUUGUUUAACAUGUAUAAUUGUGUAUGGUUUACAAUCAUGGAUUAUUUUUGUAUAUAUUUGUGGUACUUUUUAGUUUACUGCAUCAUGGAUUUUCUUUUGUCGUCUUGUAUAUAUUUGAGUUACUUUUUUUGUUACACAUGUUAUAUAUAUGUUUUUGAAACUUAUAGUCAUAUUGUAAUGGUUAUUAAUAGUAAACAAGUAAUUGUCCAUGACAUCUUGAAAAAUAUAUUAGCCUAAAAUUGACCAAACUACACCUUGAACGCCGCACCACACCAUACUGUCGGUCCACACAUGUGACCACAAAACUAAGGUGUGGUGUCAUGAUGGUUUUGGCCAAACCGUACUGCAAAGUACGGUGCUAAAAAUGUCCCCAAACCACAUUGCAUUGCGAACACCCCUUUAUUAACUUUCUUUAAUAUAUGUCCCAUAUGCUUGAGCUUUGCUAUAUCCCAACUGAACACUAGCGGCCUGUUGAAUUUGUUUUUGCUUAUGUUACUGCCUGACCCUAAAUCUUAAUAUAAUCUUGACUUCAUAAUCCUAGGCAAACCUUUUUGUGUUUAUAUCUGAUUCAUGGGAGUUCGCUGAUAGCACCUAGGUCUGCCAAUAGUGACUCAACAUACAUACUCAUUCUCUCUGUCAUUCUACUGAAUUUAUCUAGUUCAAAUAUUACAAUGCAGGUCUCCUGCAUUAAAAAAUGGAAUUUCAUAACUAUAAUAGUACAUCAUCUACAUCUUACUACAUCUUACCUGUUGAUUAUACUUUCUUGUUAAUUGUUUUAAAUACCAUUUGGGAAAUAUGGAAAACCCAAAAAAAAAGAAAAAGAAAAGAAAAGAAAAGAAAAGUGUUUUGAGUUGUGCUCACUAUUGACAUUCUGGAUUGGGAAUUUGGCAAAAAUUGCUGCCUGAUUGGCUACCAAAA